GGCCAGUUGCCCCCCCCCCCUUUAUCUUCUGCGAUUCGGGAUAAAAGCAGACGGACCAGAUCAUGGAAGACCGGUUGCUUUAAUUAACAUUUCGGAAAAAACAAAUAAAAAAAACAAACCAUGAAUGAGAUUGUGUCCGGGGUUUUGGAAGGCAUGGAUCGACAAAUCGAGCAAGCUGUGUGUGACCAGGACACCAUCUCUUCUGCCUUGGUUGGGAUGUCAGAUUUGUCUGAUGAGAUCAUGUUGUGUAUCCUCCGUCAUGUCCCAGUCUGCGACCUUCUCACCAAUGUGGCAAAUGUCUGCCAGAAGUUACACGCACUUUGCUACGACAAGACCUUGCUUGCACAUGUCAAAUUUUCUGAAGAAUAUAAGGCUGAUGAUCAGUUGGUCCGUCACACACUAAAGCUGCUGGCCAAUCAUGUGCAGUCCCUCAGCCUCAACAGCUGCUACUGGCUGUCGGUCUCCACUCUGGAGCUGCUGGCGCGCUGCAGAGGAGUAACACAUCUGGAUGUCACCGGCUGCCGCCUCACCUCCCUUUGCCUGUCCCGUCUCUUGUCCUCACUUUCAUCCCUUAGAUCGCUUGCGUUUGAUGUUAGGCCCUGUUUCAACUCCGCUUUGCUCAGCUCAGAAGCCGUGGAUUCACUGAGUCGCCUCAAGGAGCUGAGGCAGACGCUGUUUACACCAAGCUAUGGCGUAGUACCUUGCUGCGCCCAACUCCGCAAGCUGAUGCUGCAGUUUGACAUCCCAGAUGUAACUAAAGAAGGUGUCGGUGUUUGCUGCCAGCUGAUGGUUGGCCAGAGCAGUGUGCCACAUUACGAACAGCUGGAGGAGUUUACAGCCAGACUGGCACCAGGAGAGGUGAACCAGACGUUGCUCCUUCUCUACCUGGCCGUGUUUAGCGUUCACAUUCCAAAGCACCUUAGAGUUUUCAUCGUUUCAGUCCCCGGUCCCAAUCCGGCUCACUGGCCUGCUGCUCCCUCACUGGCUAAGAGCCUCAGUCAGCGAGGCGAUCUGGUAGCUCUGCAGCUCCCCCGCACCUGGCUGGAUCCAAUGUCCCUGAAACAAGCUCUGGAAGGAAACAGCCCCAAACAUCUGAGUUUCAGCCGCUGCCCUGCGCUGUGGCCGCAGGCCUUUGAGUCGCUGCUGAACGGAGGAGUCAGAGACGCCUCUCACCUCAUCAGCCUGAAUCUCAGCGGGAUCAACCAUGUUCCGUACUCUGAGUGCAGGAGUGUGGAGGAUCAGCUGGUGGCACGGACGGUGAGCCAUUUGGCUGCAGCCUGCUCCAAUGUUAAACACCUCAACUUGAUGCACACACAUUAUCAUCACGAACAUUCGCCGGGGCUGGAUGGAGAAACGCACCUCUGUGCCAGCUUGGGGAGAUUCCAACACCUGCGUUCUCUGACCCUGCCUGCAUGCGCUUUGUCAGACGGUGUAAAUACGAACCACAUCUCGGCGCGUAACUCUGCUCCCUCACUGCUGUUCCAGGGAUUGAAGAAGGCACCGCGUGUGGGUCUCCAGAACUAUAAACCCCAUUCAGAGCCUUCUCCUGCUGGGGACACUACCUCUGGACUGAGCUCUCUCACAGCCGGUUGUCCGUUUUUAGAAACCUUUGAGAUCAUCGGUCCGGGUUUUGCCUCCACGCUGCCUCGGCUUGAGCCGUGCACUCGUGCCAGCGUUGAGCCUCGUGGGAUGUGCGCUUGGGCAAAAGGAGUCGGAGAUGCACACCUAGCAGCACUCGAGGCUUUGCCUCGGUUACGCCGUUUGACGCUGGCUGGACUUCCAGGAGUUCUCAGAGGAACAGGACUGGUGCAGUUGACUAAACGGUGCAGAGACCUACGUGUGUUAUCCUUAGCCAACCUGGGAUCGCUGAAAACCAUGAACUACACCGCUGCCUUGGUGGAGACACUUAAACAUUGCACACAACUGCAGGAACUCAGGUUAGAGCAGCCAUACCUGAACGCCAAUGCAUCUUUCUUUGAGGCCCUGUCCAGCUGCUCACGCCUCCAGCGGCUCUGCCUCAUCUCACGUUGUGGCACCUUUGACCCUUCUGCCACAGAAGCCUUCAUAGAGCGAUGCUGUCAUGUAGUAAUGUGCCACAUGUUCAUGGGUGGUACCCUGGUGGCCUGCAAGACACUGCAGAAAUCCCUGCUGGACCGAUUUUUAGCUGAGCGUCCGGCGCUCAGUGUGGUCAUCUAUCCAUUACAGCACGAGGACCUGCCCUCAGUCAUCAGGGGGAUCCCACUCACACUUCUGGAUCGAAUCACUCUUUUUCAGAGCCACGUGGCACAACCUCCACAUUUAUCACCGAUGUGACUUCACCAAUCAUCUUCAAUUUAAUUUCUGCUGCUGGAAAGAAAGUUCACUUAAAUUUGAUCAGAAACCUGUUAGGUUGCUGAUUGGGGAAACAGCAACAGUUUUUAAGAGAAUAAGUUAACCGUGUUUACAUUUGUAUUGCAGGGUAGAAAUUGCUUUUAAAGGACAUUGACUCAUUCAUGAACACAUGCUGCUACUUGGGCAUCCCAGUUCUAAAUCAUUUCAUCACUUAAGCCACUAUGUUACCUUUGAAGUAAGUGCCAACAAUAUGUAGUGAAGGAAUCUUUGUAAAUUAAGUUUUAACUCAGCAAAGGUUCUAAUAAAUUCCUCUGAGUAAUUUUUAUGU